AUGUUGGAGGACCAUGAGGAGUAUGAGGUAGCACAGAUCUUGGGCUACAGCCAACACAGAGAAAUGGGCAUGCAUUCCCGGGUUAGACAGAUCAUUCUGCAAUUCAAUGAAGGGUCUAUUGCCAUGUUUUAUGACACUCUUGGCUACAAGAGCUUCCUGGCCACCAUAUCUUUCAUUGUAGCCUUCCUAGCCAGAAAGCUGCCUGGGGCAUUCAAUGAAGCCAAGUUCAUCACUUUCCGCAUGCUGGUGCGAGUUUUCAUCAUAGAAGCCCGGCAACUGCAAGGAAAUAACAUCAGGCCCGUGGUGAAAGUGGUAAUUGCCAGCCAUGUAUUCAGGACGAGAAUCAAAUUUGGGAAUACCCCUUUUUUCAAUGAGAUGUUUGUACAGAAUUUCCAGGAGAUGCCCUCUCAACUAUUUGAGGAAUUCAUAGUCAUACAGGUGCUGAACUCAAGGGCACUGCGAGCUGAUUCUCUCAUUGGUGUCUUCAAGAUUGAGAUCGGGCUGGUGUAUGAAGCUCCAGGUCAUGUAUUGUACUCCAAAUGGCUGAGUCUCUAUGACCCUGAUAACCUGAAUGCUGGGCUAAAGGGCUAUGUGAAAGUCAACCUGUGUGUCCUGGGAGCCGGGGACCACGCACCGGAUGCAAACAAGAUAAAGGAGGACCAAGAUGGAGAGGACAAUAUUCUCAAGUCUGCAGCAGUGCCGUCACGUAUGGCCACCCUCCAGGUCUCGAUCUACCAAGCAGAAGAUAUUCCUCAAAUGGACCGAGGCAACAUUAAUUAUUUCAGAAAAAAAGAUGAGGCGCUCAGUGAUGGAGAGGAUCUUGUUGACCCUUCUGUGGAAGUUAACUUUGCAGGGAAAACAAUGCCUUCCAUGUGUGAUCUAGUCAAGAUUACCAUCCUUGAUGGGGAUGAAUAUUCAAACACCAGUAUUAUUGGGACCACUUUUCUCAGCCUCUCCCAGAUCUCUUUCAAAGGGUCUGAAACAGACGGGAAUGUCUCUGGGUUCCUGCCAUGCUUUGGACCUUCCUUCUUGCCUAUCUAUGGGAGUCCAAGGGAGUACAUAAAUGUACAGGAUCCUUAUGAGGAUCUCAACAGUGGGAUUGAAGAAGGAGCAGCUUAUCGGGGAAGAAUCCUUGUGGAGCUGAACACCAGCAUGGAUGUGAUCGCUAAUCCCAUGAUUGGAGACAUUCCUGAAGACACAGUUAAUAGAAUAGAGCGCUUCAUGUCCCGGCAUAGGUAUGGGCUCUGUGCUGUCUUUUAUUCAGCUACCAUGAUGGACGAUAUCAAGGAACUGAUCCAGUUUGAGGUUAGCAUUGGGAAUUACGGCAACAAGUUUGAUGGGACUUGCAAACCCUUUGCUUCGACCACGCAGUACAGCCAAGCCGUGUAUGAUGGUAACUGCUACUACUACCUGCCCUGGUACGACACAAAGCCCAUGGUGGCCAUAACCUCUUUCUGGGAGGAUGUGGGCUACCGAAUCAGCUGUCUGAAUACUAUGGAGUUCAUGUACAACAAGCUGAAGAAAAAUCUGGAUUCCCUUAAAGCCAUCAGCAGUCCCAAGGAUCCAAAAGUGGGUGUUGUUUGGAAGAAGCUCCAGAAAGAACUGCUGGAGGACAGCAAGAAGCCUCUUCCUGCCUUGGAAAAUCAGGCCACUGCCACCCUUCUGGAUCAGCAGCUGAUGAAACUGCGAACCCGGUUCCUCCAACAAAUCAGCAAGGCAGCAGAAAAGACAAAUUCAAGGAACCCCCUGAAGAAACUGAUUGUCAAAGCAGAGAACUGGCUCCACAAGAUUGCCUUGAUCAAUCUAGAGACCCAAAUCAGCAUGCCAGACGUGAUCAUCUGGAUGUUGUGCAAUGAGAGGCGGGUAGCCUACGCCCGGGUGAAAGCUCAUUCCAUCAUGUACUCCAAAUCUGGCCACCGUGCCACUGGAACGUUAUGCGGCAAAACUCACACCAUCUUUAUGAAGCACUUAUUGUCAAACAAAGAAGAGCAGUUUGAAAUCCCUGCUUUGCUUCGGGUGCGGAUGUGGCUUGGGCGGCUGGCAGAUAGUCCAGAGUUUAUGGGAUGUUGUGAAGGGAGGAUCCUUGUUUAUGCUGAGACGUAUGAAAACCAAAAGAAGUCCCAUGGGACAUGGGGGACUAGGGACCUGAAGCCUCACCCCAGCUUUUCAGAUAUAGCUGGGGAAGUCAGACUCUCCAAAGACAAAUUCCAAGAGCCAAAGGGUUGGAAGUGGGAUGGCGACUGGACCGUAGAGCCCCAAAGAAGACUCUUGUUGGACAUAGAAACUAACCACAAUGAAGUGCUGGAGGAAGUGUAUGAAAACCAAACUCGUCACCCUGAGCGUGAAUGGAGACCUGCUCCUAUCACAUACACUGAUGUGAGCGGCUCUCCUGCCUCCCGAAAGGAAGAGAUUGUGUGUCCCCCAGGCUGGCACUUUGAAGAAGACUGGAAAGUGGAGGUGAACCGUGCAGUGGACGAUGCUGGUUGGGAAUAUGGAGUUGGCAUUCCACCCAAUGACAUCCCCCGUACUUGGCAUGCAGCUGAGAAGACGUACCACACCCACCGGCGUCGGCGCUGGCUCAGGAAGCGCUGCCGUGACACUCAAGGCGAGACCCGAGAACAGCAAAUGGCCUCCUUUCUCCGGCUGCACUCAGAAACGAAGUUCAGUGGCGAGGACUCCUGGGAAUAUGCUCCCCUCUAUGGCUGGAAAUUUCACCUGCGGCGGAGACCAAGUGAUGUGUUUCGUCGGCGAUGCUGGUGCAGAAAGCUCACACCCAUCGUAGCUGGCCGUGUGGCUCCUAUUUUUCUCUUGGAGGGUUCACUGGGUGUGGAAGCUGACAGCUUAGAGAAAACAAAAAGUAUGUCUGGAGAGAAGAAAGAAGGUGAAGCAAAAGAACUGAAGAAAACCUCUUCUCAAAACCUGCUGAAGAUGAACACUCCUCUCCUGUUCUGUAUCUUCAGGAAUCCUUUUGCCUAUGUCUCCUUCCUUCACAUGAGCCAGAAAACCAGGACCCUGUCUGGCACACUCCACCCAUGCUGGGACCAAACCCUUAUCUUUGAAAAGAUCUUGAUCUAUGGAGACCCUUGGUCUGUUGAGCAGAAUCCACCAUUGGUGGCUGUGGAGAUGUAUGACUUCGAUCCUGUGGAUGAAGCCUUGGGAAAGCAUCCUCCACCAGCGUGGAAAGAUGGGGUGUUCACCAUCCCUAAAACAAUCCGACCCGUCUUGAAGCUGAUGGCCAUUGAGAUCCUGGCUUGGGGCCUCCGAAACAUGAAGACCUUCAACCUGUUGGCUGUCUCCUCUCCAAGUCUCACUGUGGAGUGUGGAGAGGAAUCUAUUGAAACUCCGAUCAUCUUGAACAUCCAUGAAAACCCCAAUUUUUCAAUUAACAUCUUUCUCAUGCAUGUGUACCUACCUGUUGAUGAAGAUUAUGCGCCUCCCAUUGAGCUGAAAGUGAUCGAUCAUAGAGAAUUUGGAUACAAGCCAGUGGUGGGCCAAGCGACCAUCCGGGCUCUGAACCAGUACUUCUGUGAUCCUUGGGAAGAGAGAAAGCCCCAUACUCUCCCAUUUAGAGAUGGUAUCAUAGCUUUAUUUUAUAGACCAAGCAAAACAGUCUCCAAGUUGUGGUUCUGGAAGAAGGAAAAAAAGGAGCAGGAGGAGGCUGCAGCAGAGGAGGAGGAGGAAGUUGACUGGUGGAGCAAGUAUUAUGCAACUGUGGGAGAUCUGUCAAAGAGCGGACACUACCUGGAGAAGGGCUAUGAUACUAUAAAGAUCUAUAACUGUGAGCUUGAGGAGAUGCCAGAGUUCCGUGGCUUGCAAGAUUUCUGCCAGACCUUUCGACUGAACCGGGGAAAGGUGAAAGAUGAAUCCAUUGAGGACCCCAUGGUGGGGGGAGAGUUCAAGGGGCUUUUCCAGAUCUACCCACUGCCAGAAGACCCAAAUGUUCCACCUCCUCCACGCCAGUUUCAAGAGCUUCCCGAAAGCCUCCCCCAGGAGUGUCUAGUUCGAAUCUACAUUGUCCGGGCUUUUGAUCUCCAGCCAAAGGAUAGAAAUGGACUGUGUGACCCCUACAUCUGGAUCAAGCUGGGGAAGAAAAGGCUGGGGGAAAGCGAUGCAUAUAUUGCCAACACCCUCAAUCCUGUCUUUGGAAGUUCUGGUCCUAGCCAGUGGCGAGAUCAGCUGACUCCCAGCGAGCUCUUGGAGCAUUUUGUUCGAAUCAAGAACAUACCAAUGCCAGAGAUCAGCGAAGAUGGCAACAAAGCCACUUUCAUGGACAGGACUUUCCAGCUCUCUGACUUUGAAACCAAAAAACCUUCACACAACUACGUGGGGCCACCAAAAGAGCGCAUGGCCCUUCACCUCCUGCGCUCAUGUGGGCUGGUGCCGGAACACCUAGAGACGCGCGCCCUCUACAACAGUGCCCUGCCUGGUAUUGAACAGGGUAAAAUCCAGAUGUGGGUUGAUGCCUUCCCAGAAAGCUUAGGUGAACCAGGACCUGCUUUUGAUAUCACCCCAAGGAGGCCCAAGUUAUAUGAACUCCGAUGCAUCAUCUGGAACACAAUGGAUGUGGAUCUGGAGGACACUAAUAUUUUUGGAGACAGGAUGAGCGACAUUUAUGUUAAAGGAUGGCUGGAUGGCCUGGAAGAGGACAAGCAAAAGACGGAUGUCCACUAUAGGUCUCUGGCAGGAGAAGGCAACUUCAACUGGAGGUUUGUGUUUACCAUGGAGUAUCUCCCCAUGGAGCAGGUCUGCGUCCUCACCAAAAAGCAACAUUUCUGGAGUCUGGACGAAACCAUGCAGAAAGUGCCCCCCAAGCUGAUCAUCCAGAUUUGGGAUAACGACAAGUUCUCAGCUGAUGAUUUUCUCGGAGUUCUGGAGCUCAACCUGACCAGCAUUCCGCGACCGGCCAAACGGCCCCGUGACUGCACUGUGAAAAUGCUGCUGGAGGGCAGCCGUGACUCCUCUCCGUUUCAUCGCAAGAAGCCCAAGCGGAUCUCCUUGUUUGCGCAGAAGAAUUUGAGGGGCUGGUGGCCGUGCAUUGUGUUUGAGGAUGACAAGCGGAGGGUCUCGGGGAAGGUUGAAAUGUCAUUGGAGCUGCUGACAGAAAAGGAAGCCGAAGAACGCCCGGCUGGGAAGGGAAGGGAGGAGCCAAAUAUGAACCCGGUCCUGAAGCCACCAGAGAGGCCAGAGACAUCCUUCCUGUGGUUCACAGCCCCAAUGCAGAGCGUCAAGUAUGUCGUCUGGCAGAAGAGCAAGUGGAAGAUCAUCAUGUUCUUCUGCUUCCUGCUGCUGGCCCUGUUGUUCGCCGCCUUCAUCUAUUCAGCCCCAGGCUACUUGGCCAUGAAGUUAAUAAAUCCAAUGAGAAGUACCGUCAAAAUAACUGCUCCCUCUAAGAAAGAAAACAAGCAUCGACCAAAAUGA